ACAGACGUUCACAGGAUGCCUUAUUUUUCAAGACUCAUUUUGUUCUUGUGCUGCUUGAUGGUUCUUGCGGAGAGCAGAAAGCCCAGGAAGAGGAGAUGGACAGGGCAGCUGGGAACGUCCGAGCCAAGUCACCUGUAUAAGAAGAACCCCGAUAUGACCAAAAUCCGACAUGGAAAACCUCAGCCACUUCUCAGAGUGGAUGACCACGAUUUCACCAUGAGGCCCGCCUUUGGAGGCCCUGCCAUCCCCGUGGGCGUGGACGUGCAGGUGGAAAGCCUGGACAGCAUCUCCGAGGUGGACAUGGACUUCACCAUGACCUUGUACCUGCGGCAUUACUGGAAGGAUGAGCGGCUGGCUUUCCCCAGUGCCAGCAACAAGAGCAUGACCUUUGACGGCCGGCUGGUGAAGAAGAUCUGGGUCCCCGACGUCUUCUUCGUUCACUCCAAAAGGUCGUUCAUCCACGACACCACCACGGACAACAUCAUGCUGAGGGUGUUCCCAGACGGGCAGGUGCUGUACAGCAUGAGGAUUACGGUCACCGCCAUGUGCAACAUGGAUUUCAGCCACUUUCCCCUGGAUUCUCAGACCUGUUCUUUGGAGCUGGAAAGCUAUGCCUACACAGAUGAAGAUCUGAUGCUAUAUUGGAAGAACGGGGACGAGUCCCUGAAAACGGAUGAAAAGAUCUCCCUGUCUCAGUUUCUGAUUCAGAAAUUCCACACCACUUCCAGGCUGGCCUUCUAUAGCAGCACAGGCUGGUACAACCGUCUGUACAUCAACUUCACGCUGCGUCGCCACAUCUUCUUCUUCUUGCUCCAAACCUACUUUCCCGCCACGCUGAUGGUCAUGCUGUCCUGGGUGUCCUUCUGGAUCGACCGCAGAGCGGUGCCCGCCAGAGUCUCACUGGGGAUCACCACGGUGCUGACCAUGUCCACCAUCAUCACGGGCGUGAACGCCUCCAUGCCCCGCGUGUCCUACAUCAAGGCCGUGGACAUCUACCUCUGGGUCAGCUUCGUCUUCGUGUUUCUCUCCGUGCUGGAGUACGCGGCCGUCAACUACCUGACCACCGUGCAGGAGCGCAAGGCGCGGAAGCCGCAGGAGAAGUUCCCGUGCAUGUGCGGAAUGCUUCACUCAAGAACCAUGACGCUGGAUGGGAGCUGCAGCGAGUCCGAGGCCAACAGCCUGGCCGGCUACCCGAGAAGCCAUAUUCUGACGGAAGAAGAAAGACAAGACAAGACAGGGGUCCACCUGGCCCUGAGCAAUGAAUCCAGCUCCUCCAGGAAGAAGGGGCUUUUGAAGGGCCAGGUGGGUCUUCGCAUCUUCCAGAACACCCACGCCAUCGACAAAUACUCCCGGUUGAUAUUCCCAGCUUCCUACAUAUUUUUCAACUUGAUUUAUUGGUCAGUGUUUGCCUAGGGGCUCCGAACCUGUGCCUGGUGAAGGCAACUUCUAGACCCUUGGACUCUCCUGCCUGAUAUGGACAUCUCUGGGGUCUGGCGGGCUGCCCGCACAUGGACCUGCUGACCGUGUCCCCCCACAGAGCAGCAGCUCCUGGACCACCCUGAGCAGCAUCCUGGCCCUUGGAGGACCCCAGGAGCCCUCCAGCUGCCCUUCCCCAGACCUCAUGGGCGUGCUCGUCAUUCAUGCUGUGUUGUCCCACUUCCUGCCUCUCGGGGACUGUCUUCUGUUCUUGGGUGUGAACAGUUUCAUGAGAGCACCCUUCCAAUAAAGAAAAGGCUCAAAUGCCUCCCAGAUGAAUAUUCUGAGACCCUUACAAAGCCUCGGAUUCUGUUAUAGAGGAAAGGGGGAAAUGAAAGGCGAGCUUAGGGGCUUUCUUGAUAGGAGACAGGAAAUGAGGAUUCAAAAUGGAAAUGAAAGAAAUCUGUAAACUCUACACCUGGACUAAGUGCCUAUCUAGGAAAGAAGAAAAAGGAAAACUCAGAUCCCAAACAGGAAAUGAUUUGACCUGAGUGAGUCUGGCAACUCCCAUGAUUUUGCAGUAUUAAGGGAUAUCAUUCUUUCAUCCAUCUAUUCAGCCACUCAUUAAAUAUUGAAUACCCAG